UGGCCGACAAAUGAGAGCAACUGUUAUCAACGCUAAAAUGACAUUAGGGACGUAAAACAUAUUCAAAUGACCAGUAGUUUGUUCAGUUCGCAUUUUAAUUAAUACUUAGAUGUUUUCUACGAAGAUUAGCUGCAGCUAUUUUAAAAAUCGUUGAUAAAUGGUCGUGGACAACAUGAAAUGGGAUCGUGAAACUUCAACUUCGACUAAAUGACAAUAAAAAAGAUAUUCAACCCGGAUAUAGAAUGGAUAUACCAAUCAUUCUCAGAUAUUGCAUAUUAUGUGUUUUCAUCAUUAGACUCAGUCACUCAAAGGAUUGUUUUCACGAUGAAUACAAAGAGGAAACAGAAAUCAUAACAUCAGCAGGCUUUCCCCUAGGAUAUUUACCCAACUCAUGCUCUGAGUGGUUCAUUACUGCCCCAAAAGGGCAGAUCAUUACCUUGAGCAUAUUCCUAGAUAUAGAGGUCGGUGAUGAUGGCUCUUGUAAUCGAGAUGCUCUAACUAUUGGACCGGAACCAGUCAUGGAGUUAUGUGGAAAUAACAGACAACUUGUUUAUAUUUCUAAUUCAUCUCAUGUUUGGUUGAAGUUCUACACAGAUGGAUUGAUAUCAGGAAAAGGAUUUAAGAUUCAGUAUAUCAGGGGUCCUCCUGUAGGAAAUUGUAAGACAGACCAGUUCCUUUGUAACAGUGGCAGAUGUAUACUGAAGAAGUGGCUGUGUAAUGGACUAGAUGAAUGUGGAGACGGCAGUGAUGAGAAUGCAAAGACAUGUCCUUCAGCCACUGAUAUUCCAACAUCACCAUCCAAUAUUAACUGUGGUGAAGGAUUUUUCCGUUGCUAUUCAAACUUAAGCAGUGCCUUCAUUUGUCUGCCUGAAGCCAAGAGAUGUGAUGGCAGUGAAGAUUGUUAUAGGGGACUUGAUGAACAGAAUUGCAGUAUCAACUGCAACGCUCACAUUCAUAGUGAAGAUGGAUAUAUAACAUCACCUCUCUACCCCAGAGAUUACCCUCCUGGAAUGAACUGCAAAUGGACCAUCCACAUGCAGAUCCCCAGUGAUCGUAUACAACUGAGGGUCGUUGACUUUGCUGUUCAGGCCAAUGCUGAUAGUGACUAUCUCAUAGUGUAUGAUGGGAAAGAAGAAGAGAGUGAUCAAAUUUUAGGCACAUUUUACGGAAAUCACAUUCCUCCAUCCAAGCUGGAGUCCAAGUCAAAUUGGAUGACUAUUGUCUUCCAUUCUGAUGAUAGCUUUUCCGAGAAGGGCUUCAACUUUACAUAUCAGAGGAAAGGACUUUGUCUGUCAAACCAAGUAUCCUGUGGGAAUGGUGAGAUUGAUUGCUUUGACGCUAAGGACAAGUGUAAUGGAGUCUGGGACUGUCAGGAACAUGGAGGGGAUGAAAUACACUGUGGAAACUGUAACACUCUGUACACCUGCGGUCCGGGAAGUUCCCAGUGCUAUCCAAGGAGUCACCGCUGUAAUGGCGUAGGAUUCUGCUCCAACAAAAUGGAUGAAAAGAAUUGUUCUCCAUCUUCCUGUGGAACACAUAAUGGAACAUUUUUGUGUCAGAAUAAGAAUUGUGUGUACGAAGCGUGGAUCUGUGACAAGACAGAUGACUGCGGGGACUGGAGCGAUGAGGUGGACUGUAGCAGAGCAACCAACUUGAUCAUCAUUGCAGCUGUAUCUGGAUCUCUUAUCUGUGGGUUGUUGCUUGUUGUUGCUCUAGGCUGCACCUGUAAAUUGUACAAUUUGAGACAACAGCAACUCCAUGGUCCACGACAUGAAACGCCCCUGUCUCGGGUGUACGCAGAAUUCAUGAGGAGAAGGGCUCCUCCACCAUAUCAUGAAGCCAUGUUAACCUCACGACCUUAUGAAGAGGCCCGAAGAGAGUACAUGGAGAGGUUGGGUCAAACAGAAGAAAGGUCAAGGUCUUCUGGUCGAAGACCGAGACUUAAUAGAAGAGGUAGAAGUAAUCGCAAUAGGCAUUCACAGGAUCAAAGCAGUGAUCCUACACAAAACACAAAUAGUGAAAACAAUAGUGAAGAAAGUGCUAAUACAUCUGUAACUGCUAUAUCUCAAGAAAACACUGUGAAUAGUACACAUUCUAAUAUAGAAAGGCAUUCCUCCAGAUCAGCUCUUCUUCCCAGCGACAGUGGAGACUCUGACACAGAGAGUGAGUUGGGCACUCCAAGUGCAGACUCGGUACGAGUACACUUUUCGGAGGAAACUGGAAUAUCAGCCGAGUUUCAUCGACGCAACUCUCCAGGAAAGGAGGUCACUGAAGGUGAAAAUUCAUCAAAUAUUCCAAGAAGUAGUCCCUCUACUGGCCCUGAUGUUAGUAGUCUAGAUAACGCCACCAUAGCAUCCUGUGAUAGUGUUGAUCCUUCUCAAGAGGAGGAUAAAAAUAAACCAAAAGACAUCAGCAGUGCUUUGACUCUCCUUGAAGAAAACCCUCCAUCCAAUUCCAACCGUGCUUUAUUUAUUCCAGAAAAUGGUCAAAACCAUGGCAACGUGGAUAGAGGCAGACAUGAUUCAGCCGGUUCACUGAAUUCAACCGGUUCAGACAACCCGUGGGGGGAUUUUACUGGUUCUGAAGCAAUUUGAUGCAUAUCAGGUCAUUUCUGCCAACAGAUUUGUUAUUUUUUAGUUUUAACCCUUAUUGCACUGAGUUUUAGAAAAUAAGUUGUUAAAUUGCCAAUUGGGUUGUUUUUUGUUGACUGUUAGGUGCUUUUUGUUUUAUUUCAGAGUCUUGUACUGAUUAAAUCAGUUUAGAUAUGGUUUUUAAUGACUCAUGUAUUAAGAAUUUUUUGCACUAAAUGUAUAUCAUUAUUAGUUUUGAUGUGGUUUUUACUAUUGUGAUUUUCCUUUCUUUAUAUUUCUCCACUUUUACUAUUUACCAACCUGUAACACAAAACACUAUUAGUGUAGACAUAUGAUGAAAAGUGAUUCUUCAUUACAUUUAUGGUAAUCUCCACUUGCUUAAUCAAUGAAGCUUAAAAUACAAGCAUCGUACUUUUGAUUUUAUGCCAUUUUAACGGAACUCUGUUUAUGGAAUGUAUGAGAGACUAUUGUAAGGUUAAUGCAAGUCAAAAUAAAUCUAAACGCACUUGCUCUGUGCAUUGCCUGUACUGAGGAACUGUAAUGAGAAUUGCAGAUUAUGAUUUUAAUUAGUAAGUUGUUGAACAUUCCAUUUAAAAGGUUCAGAAUAUUGUAUGCAGUUUUUGUAAAUUUUGGGCUACACUUUAUUCAUGUGUCUUAUAUUUUGUGGAUUAGUUUCUUUUCAAACUUUAAAUUUUCAUGCAUUCCUUGGUAUAUCAUGCAGGAAAGUUUCCGCAAAAUGCCAGUCACUCUUGUUUUCAUCAUUAUUUGAUGCACCCAACUUUUUUGGGAUUUCAUUGUUAGGUCAAUCGAACUUAAUCCACAUUUACAAUAAGAAUUUUUUUUUUACUUAUCAUUUAAAGUGAAUUUUCCACCCAAAAUUAAUGCCCAAGCAAAAAAAUGAAGCAACAUAUGCUUCAAAAUGAGAAUUCUGAAGCCAAAUUUUCAGCCUGCAAAAUAUUUUUGUGUUGAAAAUUAAUAUGCUUUGAUACACCAAUGACUUAAAAACUUAGCUGCAGAAUCUAGAAUGAAUCUUGUUGGCAUUUCAGUUGCAUUAAAGAUUUGAAACAUUUUUAUGUGUGGAACACUUGCACAAGUUUCAGUAGGUGAACAAAGUAAAAAACCAUAAUAUGUGCUAUGCACAUUUGUGAAGGCAUUGUUUUAGUUUACAUCUGAACAUGAAAGACAUGUUUCCUAGUUACUUUAUCAUUUCAGAAAUGCAAUAAGUGUGUAAAGACAUUCUAUAUGCUACAUAUUUCAGGACUAAAUAUCAAUAAUUUUCAACUUUGAAUACAAGCCCUUGAUGCACUGUUCCUAGCAUAAUUAAAUUUUUGUAACAUAUUAUUCAUACAGACAACUUUUGAACGUAAGGAAUUGAUUAUUUAUGUAACCUUAAAGUUGUACCUUAUAUUUUGAUCACAUCUUGAUAUAUCUUUUAAUCAUAUAAGGUUGGUUUAGAGGCAUUGUGUGUAAUUCAGCCUAUUAUAUGUGUAACACAAGCAUCCUUAUCUUAUUUCAUUCUCUUACCAUCCAAACAACUUCAAUUAUAUCAUCAUGUUGUGAGAUGCUGUGUUCUAUUUAUCUUUCAUGUUUAGACAUUGAAGCUUGUUAGCAUGUGCUGAUUGGAGACAUAUUGUAUUUCAGGCAGCUUGUAGUCAUCAAGGACAAUAUUUCAAAUAUGUUUUAUUGGAAAAAAUGAUCAAUUUGAAACAUUCAUAUUCAUAAAAUUGAAGCUUAGAUCUUAUUUUUAGAUCUGAUUUUUUUGGGUUCUGCAUGCAUUUAAUUUAAAAUCCUUUAACUUUACUUGCAAAUUUAUUAUAUUACAAACCUCUUUGAUCUCUGGCACAGGUAUCCACAAUACCUGCAGUGUUUGAUGCUGGAGUUAAUAAAAAGUGGGAAGAUUCACACAAUCGGUCCCACAGCAGGCAAAGGAGAUCCUAGAACAAGCGGUCUCCAGGCAAUGGGCCUGGUCAUACUUUCGAAAGAUUCACAAUCAAAUAAGAAUACAAACAGAUCUUACAGGGCUAUGAAUUGAGACAUUGAAAUUUGAAAUAUUGAGGCUUCUUAUAAAGAAACGGUAGUUCAACUGACUCCUCGCUUCAACAUAUUAAUAAUAGUUAUAAC